AGCUGUUCUGUGGACGCACUUAACUCUGAGCUCAACAAGCAAAUAGCGGGACACGGGGGAAAGGGGGGGUUGACUAGGAGAGAGCUGGCCUAGUCUGGGAGGUAAUCAAAAGAACGCCCUGAGAAAGACCCCGCUAGACAGGAAUGGAGUUUCCUAAACCAAGGGGAAGAGCACUUCAAGAUCGGAAAGGCCAGGGGGGUUUACGCAUAAAUGAAAUUUGGAAUGGAGUGAGGCCAGAAAGAUGCGAAGGACCUUUUGGCCUCCUGAAAGCUCUUGGUCUUUAAUCUUCAGGCAGUUUUAGGUGGGCGGGCGCUGGGUGCCGGACAACACCAGCGUUGCAGAGGGGAGAACUGAUUGCAGAGCUCAUGGUGUAACAGCCUAGUUAGGAGACUGAUGGGAAUCCAAAGGAGAGGUGGAAGAUGCCUUAAACUAGCGUGGUGGCAGUGGAUAUGGAGAGAAGUAGGUGGAUUUAUGGUGUUCGUAAGUAAGACUGAGGAGGCUUGGUGUUGGAUUAGCUGUGAGAGUGCGGGAGAGCAGAAGUGGACAAGACGACGUGGCUCUGGACGGACUGAGAUGCUGGUCACUGAGAUAGGGAGUUCUGGAAGGAUGGCUGCUCUUUUGCUAAAGAGGUUAACAUUACAAACUAUAAAAACGGAAAAUACUUGCAUUAGAAGACGUCUGGGUAAAUACGUCGCACAGAAGACGGCGCUGGCGGGGCCAUCCCACAUUGCCUCUGCCCCAAGGCUGUCCUGCCUCAUUCACGCAGAAGCUUUUAGUACUGAAGACACCCAGGACAAGAGAGAAAAGAAAAAAAAGAAUGAAACAGCUUUUCGUAACGUUGGAAGAAAAAUUAACGAGCGCAUCAUUCAGGUGCUGGACGAGAAGGGCAACGACCUGGGCCCCAUGCACCGAGCGAACGUGAUCAGGCUCAUGGCCGAGCAGGACCUGCGGCUGGUGCCAAGGGACCCCGGCGCCCAGCCCCCGCAGUACCAGCUCAUGACGGGCACGCAGAUCUACCAGGAGCGGCUCCGGCUCAGAGGGAUGGAGAGGGCCGAGCCCAAGCCUGGACCCACCCUGACAAAGGAACUGACUUUUUCUUCAAAUAUUGGACAACAUGAUUUGGACACAAAGAGUAAACAGAUUCAGCAGUGGAUCGAGAAAAAGUACAAAGUUCAAAUUACAAUAAAGAAAGGGAAGACUACAGAAGAGCCAGAAAACAAAAUGGAGGAGAUAUGUAAUCAAAUACUGCAGACUAUGCCUGGAAUAGCUACCUUCUCAUCCAGGCCACAGCCCAUCAGACGGGGCAAGGCUGUGAUGUGUGUGCUUCGUCCCUUGAGCCAAAAGGAAGACAAUGCGUGCAGAUCAGCUCUGGGGACCCAGAGGGGAGACGCUCUGAACAGAGGAAAUGGAAACGACGGAGCAUCCAAUGCUCUGCACCAGUGAUUUUAAUAAAAACGUGCUUCUGAGAGAAAAUAACUGAGCUGGCUGGUCUGCGGUCCUUCAAACAAAGCAGUCUGGUGUGUAGCUGGGGCCAGCGUCGCCACGGCAGAGGGCACCUUGCCUUUAGUGCAGUUCAGAAGGCAGUUCAGUCUCCCCAUUUCUGGGCAAAGACACGCCCUGGUCCUGUGUCCUUUUAGGAGGGAGGUACCCACUGAGCCGAGAGGCCAGACUCCGUUUUUCAUGAGACGGUCUCACCUUUGGGAAUAAGGAAGACAGAUUACAGGCAGGCCUCUGUAUCUGCGGGUCAACCAACAGCUGAUCAAAAAUAUUUUAAAAAAAGAAAAAUCCAGAAAGUUCCAAAAAGCAAAAUUUGAAUUUACCAUGUGCCAACAAUUUACAUAGCAUUUUCAUUGUAUUAGGUAUUGUAAGUAACAUAGAGAUGAUUUAAGGUAUAUGGAAGAUGUGCGGAGGUUAUAUGCAAAUACAGCUGACCCUUGAACUUGGGGGGGGUUAGGCACAUGGACACCUGCGCAGUCGAAAAUCCUCAUAUAACUUUACUUGGGCACCUGCGGAUUUUGGUAUCCUGGGGGUUCCUGGAACCAAUUCCCCAUGGAUACCAAGGGACGACUGUAACUCGAAUUCAAAAUCAAAACUACUGGAGUCGUAUACCUAUCAGGUAUACAACGAUCGCAGUAUAUACAACAACAAAACUACUGUCGUGAAGUAAGAAAGUGAAAUCCACACAAUUGCUUUGCAUAGUAGUACAGCCUCACACAGUAAUAAGUAGUUGAAAAUAUGUAAAUAGAUUGCAUCUAGUUUAAGCCAAUUUAUGUUUUAAAGUUAACAGCUUGCUAAGUCUCAACUUACUUUGAGCUUCAUUUUUUUCUUGUCAGGGUCAUGCACAACAGCAUGCCUGCUGAGGCUCUGCUACAAUGAAGGAAAAAGAAAAACAGUUUUAUUUGUAAAACACUGCCACUUGGUAUUUGGUGUCUGCUAAUAUGAAAACCCCAUGAGUCAUUUAAAUAAACGGACAGCCUUCUUUCUGUUACAUUCUCUGUUGAGGGAUCUGACUUCUACCACUGGAGCGGAACUGUCCCUUAAAUCUUGGACUAAAAUCACUGCCUUUUCCAAGGACCCAGGUUAGGAAUGUAUACAUUUUCACCACGUGUGCCUGUGGCUUCCUAGUUCUUUCAU